AUGUUCUUAGAAUCUACUCAAGCAGACCACAAGCUCAAGACCAAGUCGUCCAAUGCCUCCGUUUCAAAGGCCACGACGCUGGUCGAGCCGAGCUCUGUGGCCGAGACAACGGCGCCGCUACAAGCCAAGGGCCUUCAGACUACACCUCUUUCAACGCAUAGUCAAGGACAUCAUCAGAGGCGUGACCUCCGGACACUCCUCAAACAAUUGCCAUCUUACUCUUAUCGUGACACCAAUCCGACCAGGAAGAUUACCUAUACACGCAAAAAGGAAAAGUCGUCGCAGCUCGCGGAACGGCUCCUUGUCAAUGGUGUAAAAGUUGUCGGAUUUGAUUUGGAGUGGAAACCGAUGCAUAAUGCGCAGCAAUACAAUCGCGUUUCUUUGGUACAAAUUGCAUCAGAUGACGAGGUUUUACUUAUACAGCUCGACGGUUCCACGAAGUUUCCAGCAGCCGUCAAAACACUACUGGAGAGUCCUCAUAUUCUCAAAGUCGGCGCAGGUAUUGAAGGCGAUGUAGCAAAGCUCAAGAAGGAUUGGGAUGUCGACAUUCGCUGCUAUCUCGACCUUGCUGAUUAUGCUCGCGCCGUGGAUCCGUUUUGGAACACGUGCGACGUAGUACGUGAUAGUGCCACAGAUGGGGCACUUGGCGGUCCCUGGUGUCGGCCAACUAUCGACGCCACCGAUGCCAUAUCUUGUACGGAGCCGAAUACACUUGCAAUCGAAAAUUCAAUACACGACGUUUUCACCUCGUCAUCUUCGCUCACAUCCGAAUCUCUAAACACGCCUCCAACAACGCCACCGACGUUGCAUGAGCGCUACACUCCUCCAUCUCCCAUGACAACAAGGAGCGAAGGCCGAGAGCAUGUUUAUCCCAAGGGUCGACCUAUUGGCCUCGCCCGGCUGGUGGCUCGUUAUCAAGGGAAGAAACUGGACAAAGGAUCUCAAUUGAGCAACUGGGCGGCGCCACUCAACAAGAAGCAAAUUGACUACGCGGCGAACGAUGGCUGCGCGGGAUUAGAUGUGUACAACACAUUGGCAGCGGUGGAAAGUUCGUCAGAAUGGAGGUUUGCCGAAGAAGCGAGAUGCGAAGAGAUUAUCACCGCGUACCACCUCUCAAUGGCUGCUCAGUCACUUCCAACACCAGCCUCUUCGCUCGAUAUAGAGGCCGCAAUGGCAGGCGGUCUAGAUAUCUACGGCCGUCCGCGAACAACUCCUUCCUCGUCUCCUGUUCUUACUUCACGGGGAACUCACCCGUCAUCCUAUCCAUCCCCUCCCGUGACGCCCUUGGUAACCAGAGCCUCCGCCCCGAUGGCUCGAGAACAUAAGCCUUCUCCAUCACGGGAUUUGUCGACACUGGCCAAUGCGAACUCCCUUGGAUCCCUUCCACCGCCCCAUGUGAUCGUCCAAAUGAUCCCACCCCAACCUGUACCUGUGCCAGCACCAGGAAUGGGUGUGUUUCAUCAAGGGGAUUUCAUCCGAUACUCGCCUCCAACGAGUUACUUUCCAUCCGCGUACCCAAGUGCCGCCUACUUCAACGCCUUUCAGGGCCCUAUGGCGCCUUCGAACCCUUACCAGAUGGGUAAUCCGUCGUGGAACAUGACGCAACCGGUACCACAUGGGAAUAUGUGGGUUCAGCCUGUUCAAUAUACCCCUGGACCUGCUGGCACAGCUCCCAUUCUUGCUCAGCCGCGCCCGUCAAAGCUCUUGUUUAUGCUUAACAGACUACUUGCGAUCAAACAAGCCUUUGUCGCAUCACUACCUUUAUCAACGCGUGCCGCUUCCUCCAUUGGACCCAGAAUUAUGGCCAACGACUCGGGACGAGACAAUAUUGCUACAUUUGCUUCUGGAUGUUUCUGGGGAACCGAACACAUCUUCAACAAGUACUUUCCAGAACUCAAGACCAGCGUUGGAUAUACGAAUGGAAGGGAGGAUAUGACCAACCCAUCGUACAGACAAGUCUGCAGUGGCGAGACUGAUUAUGCAGAAGCCGUACGCAUUGAGUUCGAUCCAUCAAAGGUGUCUUAUGCCACGCUCGUUGAGCAUUUUUACCGCACUCACGACCCAACGACGAAGAACAGGCAAGGAAAUGAUCAAGGAACCCAAUACAGGUCCGGCAUCUACACCCAUACCGAUGAACAGCUCCAAAUCGCCAAAGAGGUGACGGAGCGAAUUCAGAAGGAGCAUUUUACACCAAAAGGCGAGACCAUUGUCACCGAGAUUCAGCCUGCUGGAACCUGGUAUAAUGCAGAGGAUUACCACCAGAAGUAUCUCGACAACAACCCAAUGGGGUAUCAAUGCCCGACUCACCGCUUGCACUGGUAG